GGAAGAGCAUUCACAGUUUUGCAGCCUGAGGUUUGCUUUGUAACACACAGAAAGGGAGUCUGGAUUACAGUUUAACAUGUUGCUGGCUGUGGCGGUUCUGUGCAGCGUAGUGCUAUGGACGCACUCGUUCAACUCCACUGAUAUACAGCCCCAGGCAGAUUUUGACCUCGAAAAGUUUGCAGGUGCAUGGUAUCGUGUUGGCUUUGCUUAUGACCACCCAUUAGUUAUUAAAUACAAAAGCAAAACGCUAAUCUCAAGAGGCUAUCUGAUUGCUAAUGAAAACGGAGGCGCCAACCUUACCAUGUGGACAAUGAAUAGCCAAAAGACAUGUGAUAUAAGUUUUUAUGUGUAUGAGAAGACAGAGGUUCCUGGUGCUUUCACUUAUUUCAGCCAACGGCACAAGAUUGAAAAGGACAUUACAGUGGUGGAGUCAAACUACACUGACUACGGGGUCGUCCUGAAAUACAAGAAUAUGAACAAAGAAUACACUCAGCUGGCUCUCUACGGACGAAAGCCAGAACUCAGGCCGGAGGUGGUAGAACAUUUCAGAUCAUUUGCCUUGUCUAUUGGGUUUUCUGAGGAGGCCAUCAUAACACCAGCCAUUGUGGACCCAUGCCCCCUUCCAGAGCCAAGUAAUAUGACAGAAUUGCUGGAUUAGAAGAAUCAAUGUUCAUCGUUUCUUUGCUCAUCAGUCCAGCUGAUAUUGUAGUAAAGAUGUAGGACUGUCAUCCAGAUGUUAUCCACAAAAAUUCUGUGCAACUUUGUUGGUGCUUGUUAUCGUUUUCUAAUAAUGUUUAAGACUCUUAUGUACAGUAAAUACCAUGUAAUAACAGAGUGAAGCAGUCAUAUACUGUUAAUUCUGUAAAGUUAUGCUUAUGGAAUUUCUUAUUUGCUAUCAUCAGUUACAACUAGUAAAAACAUAUUGCAGCAUUUAAUGUAUAGCCUGCGAUGUUUCUUCUUCUCAGCAGAGGUCAGUGUAGUAAAAUGCUCUAGACAGAUCCAUCUGUGUCACAGAGUUAAUUUUGUCCUUUUGUUAAAACCUUUGAUGUUCUGAGAUUCUAGGGAGAAUAAGACAUUAUCAUGACAUUAACAUGCCCUUUUGUUCUAUAUCAUAUGGUGUAUUUUCGAGGCUGCAUUUAGCAGGGUUGCCAAGUCUCCUGUUUUUCUGUGGACUUGGGCCAGUUUGCAGCCACAGGCUUAUUUUUCUGUCUACUAGUUGGGUUUUAGCAUUUAUUAGAUUACUUAUGUCAAAUGUUUGCAAGACAGAUACUUAAGCUGAAUGGUUUUAUUAACUCUUAUGUUCUUUUAAUCCAAAAUGACACCUUUUUCAUUUGAACGAUUCUAACAAUGAUGUCUAUGUACUUUACACUGCAAAGAUAUUAUACUAAAUAAUCAAUUAAAACAUGUAGAGGCAAAUGUAAUUAAUAUUUCUCUUUAUUAGACUAUUUCUUGAUGUUUUAAGAUUUUCUCAUGUAUAAUAUAAUGAACAUUUUCUCCCAUGUAUAAUACCAAAAUGAUGUAGAAAGGUGUAUUAAACAUAAUUGUAAACGUGAACCUUAAAGCUAAUGUUAAACUAUGCCUCUUUCUUUCACUCUCUCUUAUUUCUACUCCUACCUUUUACACACAUCUUUGCCACGCACUCUGUUUUGUUAAUGUGUUUCUUUAAAUUCUGAAAUGAUAGUAUAAGAAUACUAGAAUGGGACAUAACACUUAUUAAAUGCAAACAUAACAUGGUUUAAUAGAAAACGGUAAAUGUGUAAUGAUAAAUGCAUGUAUAUGGGCUGUGUUUAUGAUUAAAGUGCAGUGAACUAA